UGCCGCCGUUUGUUAUUAUUGUGGGUCGCGCGGCGUCGGUUCUCCUCAGCGGCAUCGAUGGCGGCCGGACAAGGCGGAGGCACCACGGGCGGCGGCGGAGGCGGCGGAGCAGGGGGCUCCGGGCCCAGCUCGGGCCCCGCCGGCCCUCCGCUUUCGUCCCCGCUGUCCCUGCCGCCCCUUCCCCCGCCGCCGCCCCCGCCGCUGCCUCUCCCUCCGCCGCCGCCGCCGCCCUGCUCGGAGUUGGGCCUGCCGGGCUCGGGGUUCUUCGGGCUGCCGGCGCACCUCACGCUCUCGUACCCGGGCACGGGGCCGGCCUGGGCGGCGGGCGGCGGAGGCGCUUCGGGCGGCGGCGGCGGCGGCGCCUCGUCGUCCGCGUCGUCUUCGUCGUCGUCCUCCCCGGCGCCUCCCUCGGGCCGCAGCCUGGAGAAGGCCCUGGAGGAAGCCGGCAGCUCCGGCAUCCUCUGCCUCAGCGGCAGGAAGCUCCGGGAGUUCCCGCAAGCCUCCGGAGCAGCGCCCGUGGCCGCCGCCUACGACCUCAGCGACACCACCCAGGCCGAUCUCUCCAAGAACAGAUUUACUGAAAUUCCUCCUGAUGUGUUGCAGUUUUCACCACUUGAGACAUUGAACCUCUAUCACAACUGCAUCAAAUCAAUCCCUGAAGCAAUUAAAAAUCUGCAAAUGUUAACAUAUCUCAAUAUCAGUCGAAAUCUUUUAUCAACAUUGCCAAAAUACUUGUUUGAUCUGCCGCUUAAAGUUUUGGUUGUCAGCAAUAAUAAACUUGUGUCCAUUCCCGAAGAAAUUGGAAAAUUGAGAGAUAUAAUGGAAUUGGAUAUUAGCUGUAAUGAGAUCCAAGUCCUUCCCCAGCAAAUUGGAAAGCUGCAGUCAUUACGAGAAUUAAAUUUAAGAAGAAAUAAUAUUCAUAUACUACCUGAUGAAUUAGGAGACCUUCCCUUGGUCAAGCUGGACUUCUCAUGUAAUAAAAUCACAGAAAUACCUGUGUGUUUCAGGAAGCUACAUCGCUUGCAAGUCAUAAUUUUGGACAAUAAUCCAAUGCAGAUACCACCAGCACAGAUAUGUUUAAAGGGCAAAGUACACAUAUUUAAAUUCCUCAGCAUUCAGGCAUGCCUCAGAAUAGAUAAAAAGCCGGAUUCAUUGGAUCUUCCAUCCUUGGGUAAAAGAAUACCUUCCCAGCCGCUCACGGACAGUAUGGAAGAUUUUUAUCCAAAUAAAAACCACGGCCCAGACUCUGGCAUUGGCAGCGAUAAUGGGGAUAAAAGGUUAUCCACAACAGAACCAUCCGAUGAUGACACAAUCAGCCUUCACUCUCAGGUAUCGGAAUCGACAAGGGAGCAGACACUCAGAAACGACAAUCAGUUACUAGGAAAUAAACCUGAACUGCAUAAAGACCCAGAAGUGUGUGAUUACCUUGACCCCAGCUCAGAGGAUGUGGCUUCCUGUGAUCAAGGAGAUGUGCAAACUGGGCCAUCGAUCUCGUAUAUUAAGGAACGAGCAAAGCAGACUGAAAAGUCUCAGAAAACAGAAGAAAAUGAAAACUGGGGAGAUGAGAAGAGGGUUCAGAAGGAUCAGGUAUUGGCAGAGGAAGAUGAUGAACUGAAGGAAGUGACUGACCUAAGGAAAAUAGCUGCCCAGCUGCUGCAACAAGAACAGAAGAACAGACGGAGACCAUUAAGCUAUAGAACUUCAUUCAGUGAAAAGCUCUUCCAGAGGACAAGGGUCGCAGGACGCGCAUCAAGACUUCUGAAUCACUCCACGUCAGCAAGUACAAGAAAUAGACCAAAACAGACCAUGGAAUCAGAAAAAAGCCUUUCAGCAGAUGAAGCAAAUUCUCCAUCAUCCCCAUACAGUUGGCAGUCACUGGAGGAUCGGAAGGACCACCCAGAUGAGCAACACUGGCCGGACAUGCAGCCAGUUAUCUGGCAAAAUGAGGAGAGGAGGCGGAGCAAGCAAAUCAGAAAAGAAUAUUUCAAGUAUAAGUCUUCCCGGAAGAGUUCAAGUGGCAAUGAAAAUGAUGAGCAAGACAGUGAUAAUACUAAUGUGUCCCCACAGUCUCCUGUGUCAUCUGAGGAUUAUGAAAGGGCCGAUGGCAAUUCUCAUGGUCCUUUUGGACUGAAGCCCAGAUCAGCUUUUGGCCGCUCUCGCCAGGACUACAGUGCCGCAGACCCUGGAUUCACAAUGAGGAGGAAAAUGGAGCACUUAAGGGAAGAGAGAGAACAAAUAAAGCAGCUGCGCAAUAAUCUAGAGUCGCGAUUGAAGGUCAGUUUGCCAGAUGACAUUGGAGCAGCAUUAAUGGAUGGGGUGGUUCUGUGCCAUUUAGCCAAUCAUAUAAGACCUCGAUCUGUUGCCAGUAUUCAUGUCCCAUCACCAGCUGUGCCUAAACUCAGUAUGGCAAAGUGCCGAAGAAAUGUUGAAAACUUCCUUGAUGCUUGCAAAAAACUAGGUGUCCCACAGGAAAGACUUUGCCUGCCCCAUCACAUUUUGGAAGAAAGGGGCCUUGUGAAAGUUGGAGUUACUGUUCAAGCUCUUCUUGAAAUACCUUCAUCUAAAGCAUCACAGCUUUCCUGCCUGUAACAGGACACUCAGAGAACCAACUUGUUGCCAUGAUGUGUGUUGAUGUGGAUUGAUUCCAGUUCAGCUUCCUUCAGAGGAACACCCUAAGCCAUCAGAAGUGAUUGCAGGCCAGAUAUUGUACAGGUGAAACUCGAAAAAUUAGAAUAUUGUGGAAAAGUUCAUUUGUUUCAGUAAUUCAACUUAAAAGGUG